AUGCAGACCAAUUCAGAAAAGUGUUUAUCGGCCCCCGAUCUGGAACGUUACACGACUGAGUCAGAAGAAACCAUGGAUCUCUUCAAGGAAUUUAAAGAACGUUUGCGGUUGUCGGAGUGCAAGUUCAACAUGAAGAGUGGAAAAUAUGAGGAUCAGUAUGCAAGAGCUACCACAGUCGAAGAGAAACCCGGUGGUGAGUCCCCAGUGGUCGAACGAUCGCGGCCGCUGUCUACAUUGGUAUUUGGGGCCAGUGCCCCACCUGUUUCCGGGUUUGAUACACCUCCAUUUCCAUCAAAUAAGACCAUUGGUUGUCAGAAGUUUAGUCAGGCACCCAUAUCUCAUUCAUUCACUUUACCACAAAGAGAAAUAAUUUAUUUUGAUGGAAACCCGAAAAAGUAUUGGCUGUUCAUGAGAAGUUUUGAUAGUGCCAUUGGGAAACGAGACAUGGAUGACGAGUGUCGCCUAUCGUAUUUAAUACACUACUGUAAGGGUGAGGCUAAAGAAGCCAUCGAGAGCUGUUCCAUCCUGGACCCCAGCGAGGGAGACCAAGGCGCCUUAGAAAUUCUCCGUAGGAGGUUUGGCCAAGCCCACGUGAUAGCCAGGGCACACCUAGAUAGCCUCGUGGACGGGCCCAUCAAUAAAACCAUGGACUCAAUGGUGCUGAUGAAGUUGGCCGGGGAAAUGCGGAACUGCCAAAACACUCUGAGUCAGUUAAAUCGUGUUGCCGACCUCAACGCCUCUAGAACGCUUUCGGAAAUAGUACGCAGACUACCUCAAGCCCUCUAG